AUGUUUCAACCGUCGCACUUUCAAAAGAUGGCCCAGCAUUUGGGCAUUGACUCUCUGUCCUACGAAAAGGAAUACAAUGGAUUUAUGACAAAGUUGAAGAACUUUCACGAGUCUAAGGGGUAAGAUGAGGAAUAGUUUAGAGGCUUCUUGCUAGAAAGUUUCUGUGUUGUUGCGACAAAGCAGGAAAUUUAUUCUGUCUAAUGUCUUGUCGUCUAGGACGCCAUUUAGACGAUUGCCGUGGCUAGGAGGGCAAUAUUUAGACUUAUACCUCUUGUACCGUAAGGUAACUUCAGCCGGUGGCUGGGUGAAGGUAGGUCGUCGAAAAUUCCCGCGUUUUCUUCCAAUUUUAGACUCUCACUCCUCUAUUUUUACGUUUAAAGAACCACUGAGUUGUGACUGAAUCCAUGUUUGUCUAUUUUUUAGGUUACAGAGGAGAAGAGGUGGCGAGACAUUGCUGAAGUUUUUAAUUUGCCGCCAACAUGUACGAACGCCGCUUUCGCUUUACGACAACACUACUCUCGGUAAGCGACGUUAAAACCUCCAAUUGCAUGGACAUUUUGUCUAUUUAAGAGUUCCACGUUCUAAUUAAUAGCCUCUUGAGUUGAAAUAUGAACGCAAGGCUACAUCUAGACGGUUUAAGACCAUAGUAGUGACCAUUGAAACUGAUUCAUGUAUGGUCCUGUUAUAGGGGAAUAGCUUAUGAGCUCGAUAGUUAGGGAGAACUUCCGUUAUCCUCAAUAAGUAUUUACCUUUAACUUUUAUUCAGGUUAAGAUAAAAUUAACUCUGUUUGUAGAUCACCUUAUGGAAUUUUUGACAUCGUGUGAAGUUUUAACCGAAGAAUUCUAUAAUUUCCUUGUUGCUGGGGAUGUCCUGGCCUGCUGUCACCAAGAUUGUUUCAUUUGAAAGUAAAGGACACGUUUUUCCCAUAUUUCCGUAAUCUUUUUGGUAAUUUUAACAUGGGUUAUUUCUGACGGCUUAUUUCCGGUUUCCUAGAUUUAAAACAUCACUUUGCCUUCCACUACAUCAUAUUCUCGUCGAAAAUUGAUUUUGAAAAAGCUAAACAAAAGACUUUCGUUGUCUCUUUGUGCGUGGUUAUGUUUGUUGUGACCCGUCAGAUCGAAUUUCUGUACUUGUCUUACUUUGGUCCGACGUGUAAAUUGUUAUAAUUUUCGUCGUUCGUCAAGUUAAUUUUCUGUAUCCGAAGGGAAAGUAUCCAUUGGACCGGCAGUGAAAGCCUUGUAAAAUGUGUCAGGAGCAGUAUAUUUCAUUAUGCAAAUGAAACGUGCUACUUUGAACAAUUAUUGUCUUGUGGCAGAGGUCGAACAUCUUGUUACUUUGUACAGUUACGAAGACACUAUGUUGUAGAGUAAAUUUGUUUGAGAUAAUUUCAGCGAGUAGAAUGUUUUUUAGGGGUAAUCUAGAAUUUUAACAUCUUAUUGGGUAAUUGUAAGCUUGUAGUCAUUAAAAGCUGUAACAGGCUGAGCAAUUUCCUACGUGAAGAAUCUGUACCUUAUGUAUGAAAUUUUGAUGGGAAAUGAUUUCACUUUUGUGGUAUGGACAAGGUCAUCGCACCAUAAUCAUUAUGCAUUCAUCUAUUAAAGGUGCUCUACUUCUUUGCAGGAAAGGCAUCAGAUAAUUGUGUUGUAACAUUUGUAUAUUUUAUAUGACUAGUUCUCUGUUAUUCUUAUAUUUCAAUGUUUACAUUUGAAAUGACAUAUCCUCUAUUAAAGCUCAUUAUUUUUAUAAUUUAGAAUAUAUUUGAUGAAAAUGUGAUCUAAACCAAAUUAGUUUUGUAUAAUUUAUUCUCUUAAAGGCAGAAUAGAUUAUUUUGUUGCAUAGAUAAAAAGACAAAUUCAGAAUAAGAAACUGAUGAUGAGGGAUUGGAAAACUGCUUGCUCAGUGUUUCAUAUCCAAGAUGUCAAAACAAAAAGUUAGCCAGGUAGAAGGCUGAUAUUGAUUUUCAGUCAUACAAGCUGAAUCUUUAAGUCUUCUUUUUUCACAGCUACAUGCUGAUCAUUAGGCUCAUAGCAGUUUCUUGGGAAGAUCUUUUUUUGUAAAUCCUUUUUCUCCUGUCUACUUCUGACAGGGGCUAAAGAGUAAUAUUUAAGAUGUAAAACUCAGCUUGCUGUAUUGUUAUGUACAUCGGCCUAUAAAUAAGACUUUGUUUUUAAUAAUGUUGUUGACAUCAUUCAUUUUAGCUAUUUGGAAAGCUUCGAGAGAAUCAACUUCUUUGGGGAAGAUGCAGAGGAUGUUCUAGCAGCUGGAAGACCCCAUACACCAGUUGGUGGAGGCACAUUCACUCAACACGUUCCUUCAGUGGCAACAACAGGUAAUUAUGUCAUGUACCUUAGUUGUGCAAUCAGUCGAAAUUGAAUUUUCUGGUUUGUCUUGUUUCUGUUGUUUUCUUAGAAUAUUGUGUACAAUUUAACAUUAAGAAUUCAUUGUCCCAUGAAAAAUGAAUGUGAUUUAAGUAGUAGCAAUACAAUUACUUAGUAUCCAUUAAUGAAACUUUGGUUGGCUGGCAUUGUCAAGAGACUUUCUUUUUUUGGAGCAAAAAGUAGUGCUGAAACUGAAAUAGAAAUUCAAGUAAAUGUGAGACCUUAUUAUUCAAUGUAAGAAAAUUGAACAUGUAACAAGUUAUUGAUUAGUCCCCAAAUUACCUUACUGACUGACAUAGUGAGUGUAUUUAAACACAUUUUCAUAAAAGUUAAAUGUCUGUUGACUUACUAUGGCAUAUCUGGGGGAAGGGAGAUGUUUGGUUCAGAGAGCAAGGUAGUAAUCCCCAGCUGUUUUGGCAUUUCAAAGUUUACGUUUUUGCCUUAAACCUGGUACAAUGAGGAUGUCAAUUUGAAAGUGUUUCUCUGAGUGUCACAACAAAGCAAGGAAUAGAACUCAUUGACUUCUAAAAUCAGGUUCUUAGCCCACCUCUUUUUUUUUUUUUUUUUUUUUUUUUUUUUAGAUUAUAUUUCAGUCAUUUCCACCAGCAAAGGUACAGUAUAACCUCAUUUAUGUAGCCUUGUCACAUAAACAAAUACUUUUAUACUUUUAUAAUUUGACAUGAAGCACUCUGGUACUCAUUUAAAUCAGGAUCUUUUGGAAACACACCUGUAAGGAUGGCAGUGAUUUGGAAUUGAAUUUUCCUCUCUGUUAUCAGAUAGAGACUCUUUUUUGGAAGUGAAAUGGUUUACCAAGAUCCCAAUCAUUUCAUUUGAAAAAUAUAUUGUGUUAGAAAAUUGUGGUCUUUCAUGCAAGUAGAAAUUGUGUAAUUUGCCUUGUGAAUUAAAGAGGGAAAUUAAUGGCUAUCAAGACUUAAUGAAGGAACUUUUGGCUAUGAGUAGUUAUGGUGAAGUGUAUGAAAUAAUAUUCAUAAAAUGUGAGAUUUAAAAGUGUAGUCAAGACUAGUUAUUGUUCUUCUAUAUUGUACAUGACUGACAGUUGUUUUUCUCUACUUUUCAACCUCAAUAGAUCCAAAAAGAAACUUUGACAAGCUUGUCCUUUCUCUUCAAUGUGGCAUGCCAAAUGAAGUGGAUUUUGCCAUUAACAUUUGUAUGCUGUUGUCAAAUGUUAGCAACUCCGUGUUCAAUCUCAGCAAGGUAGGGAUGAAAUCAGUGUUUCAACAGCAUGGUAGUCAUCCACCAGUGAUAAAAAUCUAGCAAAGUUAAAUGUCUUGUCAUUGGAAGAUGUAGUAGCUUUUCUGUUGUGUACUCUACAGUGAAACAAUCAUUUAAUAAUUUAUUUUAUACUUACUUGUUUACAUUGAUUUCUUGACAAUCUUGUCUUACUGGCCAGAGUAUAGAAAACAAACUCAGUGUAAGAAACCCUGGUUUCAGAGUCAAUUCCUUUAAGGUGACAAAUAUAUUUGAACUAAAACUACCUGGAGAAAAAAGAUAAAUCUCACUGCAUCACUACAAGGGAAAGCAAGGCUUCUGUAUCUGUAGAGAUAUAAAUCGCAAAUUCUACAUGUAUUUUUUUUUUGUAUUGCAGCAGUGGAGCUUGAUCAUUAUUAUAAAUAUGAAUUUGAAGUAGUGAUAAUUGAUCUUACUAGUAUGCUUAAGGUUAUUAGAGAAACUGUUAGGAGUGGUAUAUCAUUUACUUAUUACAAUUUUAGGCACCUGCAGUGGUGGAUACAUUACUUGCACAUGUUGGGGUAUUUUCUGAAGGUAUGUAGCUAUAGCUUCAAUUUGUUUUAAUUAGAUAUUCCACACUUUUUCUGGGUUAAAAGAGAUGAGUGAUACUUUGUAAAUUCACCAUUCACUUAUCUCAUCAAUUAGAAGGGAGGUAGGUGGGAUGAUUAUUUUGCUGAUCAGAUAAAGAAUGGAUUUUUUUUAUAUCUGUGCAGGAUAAAUUUUCAGUUAGAGUUAAAUUAAAGAACUGAAUGUAUUUAGGGUAAGUUUAAAAAAAUUAUUCUUCACCGCUACUUAACAAACUUAAAACUCUUAUGUUUAUCUUAAAGAUUCCCAUGGACUAGGAGAAUUAUAUGAACAGUGGUAUGCAAAACAGGAUAUGGAGAGAGAUUUUACAAGGGUAAGCUUCAAACAAAGUCUCAAACAUUUCUAAUGACUUUGCCAUAUUUGUGGUUUGUUUUGUUUUGUUCAUUCAUUAUUCCAAAUAAAAAUUUAAGAAGUUUCUCUCAAAGACAAAUUAAUAAUGGAGCAACCAUUUCAUUAACAAAACUGCAAUUGAAGCAAAGACUUUUUAUGUCAAAAAGUCAAGAAUGGAAUAACAAAAAGUAAAACAGGGAUAUUUGUGUUCUCAGAUUAAUGACUUUUUUUAUUGAACCAUGUAACAAGGCAAGAGUUGCUUGAUUAUUUUGUUGAAUUGUGCUUCUUUUCUGCAGUUUUGGAAGGAAGGUCUAACUGUGAAAGGGGUUGAGGACAUUCUAUGUAGUGACAGUGGUAUGUGUCAAGUAAUCAUAAUAAUUAUGAUAUUAAUAGUAACUAAAGUGAGAAAUAGAUGUUUGUCCAUUGGAUGCGAUCUUUAGUUUUGAGACAUUAGAGUCAAGUGUCAAGACCCUUGAAACAGGAAAAAAAGGAGUUUAGCAAGAUUAAUUUUUCACACAAUUUGAAGUUUCCCUACCUUUCAUCUAAUCUACAGGAUGAAAAGCCUCACAGCAUGCAUCAUUGCCAAUGGGGCAAAAACUUCAUCAAACUUUUUUCAUGGGUCGUUAUGAUGUAUCAGACAAUAACCUCGGGAAUGUUAUUAUUUUACUAUAUGCAUGACCCACUUCAUUAUCUUGAGCAAAAGUUCACUCAAACUACUACCCAUUAUAAGGGUUUUGAUAACAAAUGGCAACAUAAGCAAAUUCUGUGAUCUUUUGUUUUGUUUUUUCAGAUGAUAAGACUACAGACCAGGGAUCUCUUUUUCACCCUUCCAGAAAGAAAAUUGGUGCUAAGGAUGUUGAGUGCCAAAGAAUUUCUCAGGUGCUGACCCAAGCAUUUACCUCUACUUUUAUUUAUUGGUUACUUGGAAAGGCAAGAUAAUGGUACAGUUAUCUGGUCCUUUUGCAUUUAAGUAUUUUGGAUUAUACUCUUUAGUUGAUUUCUAUACUUUGAUCAAGUUAAGUCAGAAAACAUUUGUCUGCGUGUAGAUUUUAUUGACACGGCUCUACAUGUAGUACUCAAAACAACUCUAAAUCUAAGGGUUCUUAUUUACAUGUAUGUUAAAUGGAUUGUUGCCUAUUACAAUGUUUAUUAAUUCUUGGUAGUUAUGUGAAAGGGACUGUUACUUUAUUUCAUCUCCACUCUAGCCCAUCUGUUUCCCUUCAUGUAAUAGGUGUAAACAGUGGAGAAAGAACAAGCAGCGGUGUUAUUUUUGAGUGUUUGCCUUUUUCAUGAUAAUCACUCCUCUCUACAUCACAACAUUGUUACAGCUGGUAAAACAACAACCUAAUCUCUUUUUAUAUCAUCUAUGAAACAUUUUUUAAUUUUUUGGGUGUACUCUAUUUACAGGUUGGCAUGAUCUUUUACAACUUCUCCUUUGACAGUGCUAAUGCUGAUGUGCUUGCAAGCCAUCCAUUGUGCUUGAAGUAAGUAUUGGUAGUGUUUCUGGGCAUCAAAAUUAAGUAAAAGGCCCAAUGCAUCUCUUCUUCUUGUUGAUUGUUCAAGUUAAAUCUCCUGUGAAGCAAUAUGACUAAUUAGAAACAGGAAAUCAUAACCAUUAGUUGUGGUCACUAUCAUUAUCUAUAUUGUGUAAGCCAUUUUGUUGAAACUUUUACCAAAGCAGGAAAGAAAAUAAGAAACCUAAGUGGAUAUCUCUUUUUCCCCUCUAGGUUCUUAGUGCUGUGCAUUUGCAGUAAUCAUGGAUUUCUGCAAAGAAUGGCUUGGGAAACUCUUUCGAAUUUAGCAGAGAAGGUAAGCAUCCAAAUACAGUAUGUGUAUUAAAAAUUGAUUUAGUAAAUCAUUUGAACCUAGAACCAACAGUCAGUUGAUUUUUGAUUGUCAUGAUAAGGUAAAGUCAUUUGGUUCUGAGGAUUACUUUCACUCAGCUUUUCAAACCAGUCUAUAAUCUGGACAACUGUAGCCUCACCCAGCUGAUCAGCCUACAGUAUUAACUAAUUUAUUAUUUUUCACAAGAAAUUUGCUCUCUCAUUCUUUAUCAGAUGCUAAUGGACCCAAUUGAGUCAACAAGUACACAGAUGUUUUUUCAGAUGCUGCAUUGCUUUUUAGAUCAUAAAGAUCGUUACCAUGUCAUCAAUGGUAAGCUUAUAUUUGCUCAUGAAUUUUGCAAGGCUUAUGUUAAAAGAGAUUGAAGUAACAUCAUCUAUGGUGAAAGAAAAUCCCUUGUGGGAAUUAAUACUAACUUCUGCUCAUGAUGGUUUAUGUUCAUUAGCCAUGGAUGUUUUGGGCAAAUUGUGUACCCUGGAAAGAAAUGAUGAGGUUAUAGAAACUGGCCUUGAACCUGAGGCUUAUCAAUCACUCAUUAAAGUUCUGAUUAUCAGUGAUGUUCAGGUAAUCAAAAUACAUGUACUUGAAUAAUUUUAUUUUAGUGCUCCUUCAAAAAUGAUUCUAGUUUAGGAGAGAAUAUUGACUUCUUUUAGUCACUUGCACCUGUAGCUUAGCUGCAGUGCUUCGUGGCACUUGCAGGUACAUUUAAAGCAGAAAUCUGUGUACUUAGUUAACAUUUUAAAACUGAUGUAAUGUCAUAUAUGAGACUAUAGUUGUCUGCUAUCUCAGUUUACAAAGGCAACUUUAAGCAGAGAGAGUUAAUUAGAAAGUAGCCAUGUACUGUAGACAGAUACAGUAAUUACACAUAUGCUGAAAUGUUGUAAUUUCUUUCAGUUGGUUUUGUCUUCUCUGGAAUCACUCUACAAUUUGUCUGGAGUAGGGCAAGUGACAUCUGAUCAUAUUGCAGAGGUUAAUCAUAGUAUUGGUAAGUGCAAUGCAAACUAAAAGAGUGUUUUCCAUCUUAUCUUUGCUUGACUUCUCAGUAAUAUCAUUUAGAGUUUCAAACAAUGAGUGGGUAUUUUUAUUUAGAUAUUCUGGUGUGUUUGGUGACUUUGGAUGCAGAAUCUUUUGGACCAGAAGCCUUAUCAGAGGUGCAAAUCUUAGAAAAAAGGAUUCCAACUGCCUUGCCAGCAACACCAAAGCCACAACCAGCUACAACACCAGGUUAUUACACAAUUAGUUGUGGUGUCAAAUAUUUUGAAUCAAUGAUCAAUUAUUGAGAAUUGCUUGUAUUUUAUCAUAUAUACACAUGCAUGUAUUGCUCUUCAUCAUGCCUCCUGAAAAGGACCCCACACAUUUUAUAAUGUCCUCAUUGUUAUUAUUUUUCUUCAUUUUCCCACGCUAUUAUUUAUCAAGUGUAACAGUUGUUUUGGAUUUUGAUCACAAGCAAUGAUGAUCAGCACACCAAUAGCAAAGAUAGUUGAAUGAUUUUUGAUGUACCUAUUAAGUAUUGUGUAUAAGGAUGCUAGCAAUCAGUGUGAAAAACUAGUCAUAUGAGAAAGAGUUUUUGCUUAGUUGAAGGUGGAGUUGAACAUGCAGUAUAUUUGACAUGUUCUUGUUUUAAAAUGUGGGAUGGGAUAUAGUAACAAGGAGGCUAAACCUUUAAAAUGAUUUUAAAAAUUAAUGUUUGUUUUUGUUCCAGUUGCUCCACCACAACCAAGAGAACCAGUUCAACAACAGCAAGCCCCAUCUUCCAGUCCAUCCCCUGGUCCAGUGACCAGUCCCUCUCCUACACCAGCCCCCAUCAAGACAACAGGAACUGAAAUUGACCCAGAGACUUUCACUUUCAACUGGUAGGUCCACUGGGCCACUAAGCUCUUGUUUGCUACACCACAAUUAGUGUGAAGUAGAUUAUACUCUUAGAAUAUUAAUGGCCAGUUAAGAAUUCAAAUACAGAUGUAAAGAGGAAAUUUGUCCUAUUGAUUCUGGUUUGCCUCUCUGUGUCCUCCCUUAUUUUAAGAAGGACAAGUUAAUUAAAUUACCAAAUCAGUAAAAUAAUCAUUUUACUUGUUUGAAUUUUCAAGAAUUCCUGUUGAUGAAAGUACAAUUAACUGCUACUGAAAUCUCUUUGAACUGCCCCUUUUUAUUUCAACUGGGCUUGGGCCAGGUUUUUACAUAGUUUUGCAAAUGAAGUAUUUGUAUCAGUGUUAGUUAACUCCUAGUGAUUGUUUUUAAUUUGUUUUGUUUUGUUUUGUUUUGUACAGGCUUCAGGGAACUUAUGAACAUUCACCUGGAAAUUCUGUUUCUCGCAUUGACAUAUAUGCAGACUAUCUGUCAUCUUGUAGUAGACUGGCUAGAGUAGGAAUCCUUAAUGCAACAGCAUUUAAUCGCAUCAUCAAGUAAGUGAUGAGUUUUGUUUUAGUCAGGAUUUUUGAGUCAAAUCUUUGCUAUUAACCUUUCCUCUCUUAGGAGUUACCAAGAAUAAAUUUACUCCUAGAAUAUAUACAAUUUAUAUAUAUUUUUUCUAUCAGAAAGAUGUUGAGAAGUAAGAAAAAUGUUAGUUAAGGGACAUUAUUUUAUUUCUCACCAGAUUUUUAGAUCUAAAACUAUCAUGAAUGUAUUGUGUGAAAGGGUUAACAUUCUUUGGUGGAAGACUUGAGAUUCUUUGAGCCAGUCGCUUUGGACUUCAGAUGGAAAAGUUUUUUUUUUUAAAGUCUUGUCUUAGUCAUUGUGUUGUGUUCAUGGGCAACAGGCUUUACUCCUAUUAUCCCUCUCUACUCCAAGGAGGAUGAAUAGGUAUUGGUGGACUGUCAGGGAAAGUGGAUGAAUUACUGGGAGUUUCCUGCUGUUUACUAGCAUCCCGUCCAGGAGGAGUAGUUAUACUUUUAGUUGCUUCAUGCUAGUGAAACCAGGAUAAGCUUCCUGUAAGCUUGACAUUCCUUUGAAAAGAUCUGUGUGAAUCUGUCAGUGACACAGUUAAUUUAUUUUUUUGCAGAUUGGCUUUCCCUGAUGGCCAGCUUCGAAGGGUGCAGUCUGGGGUAAAUGUCCAAUACGUCCUAGCAGGUUUAAAACGUAGAGCUAACCCACUUCCAGUUAAAAGCCGAACAGAUUCACCAGCACCUCAGCAUGUUGCAAGCCCUCAUCUAGCAACUCAGCAGCAAGGACAGAGAAUACCCCCUGGUCAGCAGGUCAUCAAUAGGACUCCCACCCCUCCUGUUCAGAGUCAAAUUUCCCCAGGAUGGAAUCCACCUAAACAGCAAAACGUGACAGUUGCACAGCAAACACUCCCUUCAUCAAUGCCGAGGCAAUAUGAACAGAGGUCCACACCACAGGUUUCUGUGAGCAAUCAACCACAGAUGCUUGGAAUGGCCCAACUUCCAAGAAGACCAAGUACAUCUAGUCCGGGAGCCAUUCAAGCAACGGUAGAUCAGGUUCGUGUAUGAUCACGUCAAGUGAAAAAAGGGCACAAAUUUGUCCGUAAAAAGAAAUUAUGUUCAAAUCGUCAGACAAUGGUUUAAGAGAUGGCAUCAUUGUAUGGUGUGAUGUAAUAUAUACCAUCUGAUUUGUCUGCUGACACACUAAAACUCUAUGUGAAUGAUUGUUCAGUGUGGAAAAAAAUAAGAGAGUUCACAUGAAAACCACUGUCAAGUUAGUGAUAAUGGUCUCCCAUUGGUAACUUUAAGUACAGUUGUUCAUAAGUUAUGGAAGGCUCACUCAAUGCACUGUAGUUACCUACUGGUUAAUUUUGUUGAUGAUUUUUUUCCUAGGGAGUAAGACAAUUUACUACACCAGCUUUGCAACAGCAAAAUCUCCAAACUGUGGCCAAUCAACGGCACAUGAUCGGAGGUCAAACGCAAAGGAGUCUUGGUCCAACUGAUAAGGCUCAAACCCUUGAGAGAGUAGCAGCUAUGCGUAGAGCAAGUGUGGAAGGAACUAGUGCUCUGCAGGCACAGAAUCCACAAGCCCUCCAGCAUCAUUCCCAGGGGAAGAACAUGCAGAGAAUGCCCAUAUCUUCCCAAAGUCCAGGCCCAUCUAGAGGAGAUCAACAGCAAAUGGUUCACAGCAUGCCACCAACUGUGCAAGCGUCUCCAGGUCAAAAGGGCCCCAGUGGUGCUUAUCCAGCUCAAUCCAUCCCUGCUGAUGUACCUCGCAGUCCUGUUCCUCCACAGAUCCCACUAUUGAGGUCUCCACUUCCUUCAACAAGGUCUACACAGCCACUCACAUCACAACCAACUCAGACACCACUUUCAGUAGGGUUCAUACAAAGACCUGUUACAGCAGCAGAACCAUCCUCAUAUCGACCAACAGCCGCCUACCGGCAACAAGCUCCUGCUUUUCCUCAGCAGCAAAGUGUACGCCCUGCACCACCUGCUUACAGUGGGCGGCCUCUGUAUCACGGGUCUUACCCACCCCUUGCUCCUAAACCUGCACCAGGAGUCAAUGUUCAAUUAUCUCAAGAAAGCCAGUUGAGGAAGAAAGUUUCCUCUAGCACUGCCGUCGGCGGGAGCCAUCCCGGAACUCCACAAGUAGUGAGACCUCCCUUUCUUAGGGAAGAAGUUACAACAAGACAGAUGUUUGCUCCUCAUGAGAAUGCACCCAAUACACCACCCUCGCCUGUUUUGUCCCCUUCCUCAAGGAGUGGACAGCCGUUCAGGGGUUCUCAACCAGACUUAUCGGGUGGACAUGGUGGAAGAAACGUCAGACCUGGACUAAUAAAGAACAGCAGACAACCUUUUUCUGGGUAAUAUUCUUUUUUGUUCUCCUUGAUAACUUUUACGUAAUACAUUUUAAAAAUUGUUCACACGUAACCUGCAGGUAUUUAGCUUCGCAGAACAAUAACUUGAUGAUUGCUAUCCAAACAUUCUAAAUGCUUUCAUCUUAAAUGCCUUCAAAAUCCCAGAAAAGCUACGUCUGAAUAUUGUCUGAAUGCGGCUGACGGUGUAACUUUGUGAAUGUUCUCUUUUUCUCGCAGGAUUAGACAAGAAGGUGUCGUCCUCAUAGCACAGGAAGAGAGGGCAGCAGAUGUUGUUUCUUCAGGCCUUCUAGAGGGCGCAGCGGAACAAAAAAUUGUCGUCAUAGAAAACAAAAAUAGAACAGAUAUCAUCCCAAAUAAUUCGCUGUCUUCAGCGCACGCUAAUACUGCCCAUGAGCAUUCAAAAUUGUCAUCUGGGAACGCGUCAGUUAAUACCAGAGAUGAAAUUUGCAGAUCGAACAUUGAUGAACAUUUUGAUCAGUCAUUAGAGAGAAUGCCGUUGAAUCAAGGAGAAAAAAACUCUCUUCAGAGUAUACCCAAGUCAACUUUGUACCCUUCCAGUAAUGGUUCUUUAAAAAGAGACUUGAAUAUACAUGCAACCUACGGGAGUAGAACUUCUGCAUCAAACGAGGAAAACCUGAAUGGUCAGCGCGAUAAUGCCAGUGAUGAGUUUGGACAAGUAAAGAGGCCAAGACUGGAUAGUAGAAUGUCCUCCCUUGAAAAUGAAUUAGAAAAUUCUUCGUCGAUACCAUCUAGAACUGGAAGUCCAACCCCUCUUGUUAAUGGUGACAUCAAGGCUGAUCCAAGGAACAAACUGAUUGAUAAACUUUUAGAUAAGGAUUUGCAUUUACCUCUUAAUGGCGUUUGUGGAAUCGAUUCGUCCGAUAUAGACCUUCUUGCUUCCGACGGAGAGAGACUCAGUAGUAGUAAGGCGUCAUCACCAGAUCUCUUUGGAAGCGAAACAAAUUCGGAUUUUGGUAAAUAUUUAGAGGAGAGCGAUACAGAUACGGGCUUGUUUAGUGAUGUUCUGCAAGGAGAUUUAAGGAUAGAUCCGAUGGAGAAUGGUACUGAAGGCACUCACCAAACGGCAUCGAAGAUGCCAAAUUUUCCCGUGGGAACCUGUAAUGAAGGUGCAGUUGUAUCCAGCGAUAAAGGCAUUCCUGCUGGAGUUACGCAGCAACAAGGCAAGAUUCCUAUUCCUCCAACGGUGAGACCAGACCCCGUUCCUGGCCAGUAUAAUGCUGCGGUCAAUCGGACAUCACUUACAGGAAAUUCACCCUGGAAUUCUACAAACAAUGUGAAUCUUGAGUCAAAGACAGGCUUAAGCCUUUCGUCAGCGUCUGUCAAUGUACAAAAAGUUACAUUUCCACAUCAAAAUAACCAGCCGAGUUCUCAGCAAAUGGUAGUAACUCAUGAUUCUUCAUUCAUUCAGCCUUUUACGACGCCGAAAAACAUACUGCCCAGACCUCAGGGGCCAGACAUUGUCAAUAGCAAAGCUCCAGUCUCUCAAGGAUUAGGUAUUCAACAACCCUUGAUGGCUUCAUCUUUUCAUGGAGGGCAGCAAAUUGCUGCAGAUCAAACAGCCUUACCACAUGGAAAUGUCGCUCCGAGCAGAGGAAUGCCACCCGGCUGGGCCCCAAGUGGAGUUCAACAUCAGCAACUGCCGGUAGCACCACAUGCUGCUCGCAGGGUUCAGCCUGCUGCUGCUAUUGGAUUUCAGGUAGCCUCACCAGUUGGUGCACCCCUGGUGCCCCAAGGUGCUACUGUGCCUCCUGGUUCUCUGAGCUUGGGUUUAUCACCUGGUUGGCAGCCUCAGUUACAACAACAGCAAAAAUCUGUGACUGUUCACCCGGAUGUGACGACUCAAGGUGUGGCCACACCUGGGGCAGCGAUUCACGAGGCAACAUCUACGUCUCAAAGUAGACCACCAACUAGCCCCAUGCAGUUUCAGCACCCUGCCAUGCCACCAGCUGUGAAGAACGUAGUUCAAAACCCAGUUGGAUCCUUGCUAGUUACUCCGACUGCUCCUCAGGUGUUUGCACCUACCCCUCCUGCGCAUGUUAGCCAAGCCGAGUUUUCAGCACCUCAGAUGGUGUCUUUCAAACCUUUUAGAUGUCGAUGGACUACUUGCUAUAGGUCAGUGAUAUGUUUUGUUGGCUCGACUAAAUCGACUUAUUCAGUUGGUAGCGACAUAAAUUGCCAGAGAUAGCGCAUUCACUAAACAAUACAUACACAAUAUUGUAAUAACUCGCCAACAACGGUUGCUUCAUUGCCAAAGAACACCGUCAAAGUGGGAUGAAUGUAGUAAUUGUUACAUUGGGGUGCUUUAGUUAGACACAGGUCAAUGCUGCUUCUGUUGCUUAAAAGCGAAAUAUAUCAACGAACCGAAAGCAGAUUUUACUAGAGAAAUUACAAAUUGAUCUGUUUUUCCUUUUAUUGUUUACAGCUCAUUUGACACCAGCAAAGAGUUAUUUGCACACGUGGUUAGUGAACAUGUCCCUCGUGACAGUCUGGUCAUGUCGUGUAUGUGGGAAGGUUGCCCAUCAGUGCGCCGCUCACGUUCGUCACUUUUAUUUCACCUUCAGGUAAGUUUUCCUGGGUAAGAAAAAAUAUCUUUACUCUUUAAACAAAGAAUAAUUGAAGCAUCUUAAAAGGUUCUUUUAUUCGGUUUUUUUCCGCUUUCAGUCUCCAAGUCGUGGAUUCAUUCAAACAAGUGAUAGUUGAAAAGAAAAUUUAUUCCCGCUGUAUUUCGGAUUUGGCUGUCAUUUGUUAAGAGCUGAUGUUGUUAUGUCUUUUUUUUUCACUUUUUCUCGGAAGUGAUUAUUGUAGUCACUUGUGUUUACUGAAAUAUCAAUUGACUCCAAAAUGUGAACCAGGUCGCCUAUUUUGGACUUUCUGGUGCCAAAUGUGUAGAUCUCUAUCCUCCACUCAUUUCGCAACAAUGUCAAAAAUUAUUGUCACAGCUAACCUUCUAACUUUGUGUCUCCGCAGCAAAAACACAGUGAAGCAUCACCCGCUCCCAACUCUCUCCCGCCCCAACCAGCUCAACACCAGUCUCCUCCUGUGCAACCUCCUCCACAACCUCAGCGUAAUCCCCAGCCCAAUCCCCAGCCUCCUCCGCCUUCCACUCCGUCCACGUCAUUUGUUCCUGCAUAUCACUUCUUAGCUCGCAUGUUGCAAUCAUUGCAGGUUAGAAAUAUUUGAGUUAUACGGCCGUGAUUUAAGGUGCUAGAACGGGAAUUGAAAGCUUAUAGUCUAAGCGUUUUAGCAAAGUAGUUUGUUGAUUAUCGCAUUCGGAGGACUUGUAUUCCGGUGGUUGCACGAUAAGGGAUUCUUAGUUGCCUCGAAUUCAAUUUUUUUUUAAUAAAGCUUUUUAGUAAUUAGGCGCCUCACGGAGUAAAAAUUUGGAAAUUAAAAGGACGGUUGUAAUCACCUUUAGAGGAAUCUGUGAUUAACCCGUCAUUUUAAAAUGUCGAAUUGUCUUUUUAUUUAUGAUUCUUUGUAACCAUUCUCGCCUGAAAAAAAAAAAAAAAAAAAAAAAGAGCUCAUUUUAAGACGUAAUGAACUGUAAACUUGUAUGUCCUCAGUUGCUUCUCCGUUUUCAUUCUCUCCUUUAAACCUUAUUGUUAACGUUUGUCCACCAGGGUGAAGAAGAAUCGCCGUUGACGAAGUCAGUACGGUUAACUGCAGCCCUUGUUCUGAGAAACGUGGCACAGUACUCAGCUUUAGCCAGGAGGUAAGUCUUGUUAAAUUCUUGGUAUACUGCUCCUCUCCAAAUUAUAGCUUAAAUCACCAGUUUCUCUUUAGGUGUUAGGAGAUAGGGUAAGCGAGUGCCUCGGUCAAGAGGAAUUUGAUAUUAAAUUAACGGCAGCAACAAAAAUUGCAACUUGCAAUUGACAUCCUGCUAAUUUUUACAUAUCGUGCCUUGUCGAUAGAUGUACAGUAGACUCUUAUUAUCUGUGUCUGACCUUUUGACUUUCUGGUUUUGUCUGUAUGUCUUUUUACGGAUGCAAGUAAAGUAAAUUAUUUUUUUAUUACGUUACAGCUUAUUAAGACGUCACGAAAGUCGACUGUCACUUAUUGCCAUGUCCAACUCAGAAGCUGCUAAUGCUAUUGCGGCCUGUCUCUCUGAAUUGUCUCCACAUAGAAGGGGUUCGUCAGAAGACUCUGGUGUCUUUUUCUGGGCACCAAGCAGAUGAUAUAAAUUUUAUCAAAGUAGGGUAAUCAUUCCGAUGACUGCAUCUUUUGCUAUCAAAUCUGACGCUCUUUGAAGACGAAAUUACGAGAAUCUAACAAUAGAAGAAGUACACAGGCUUCUUUGGUAAUCUUACUCCUUUGAAGAUGGCACAAGUUUUACUGUUUCUUCAGAACUUGUGAGAGCGUUUUUGUUUUUGCUAAGGUUUUACAUGCGGCCUCAAGUAUUUUUAAGACUUGCAGGCUAGAGAUAAGUAAAAAGCGUCUCUGUGCUAGGAACUUACAACGUGACGUUGAUAAAGAAAUAUUUCGUUUGUAUAGAGAGAGAACAUUAUUGGAACAGAAAUAUUCAAAGUAGCUGUUCAUACCUGAUUAAGUAAUAUAAUUAUUUGUACAGUUCUUUUAUGACAUUCGCUUCUCCGUUAUGUAAGCUCUUCUCCAAAACAAGAAACGCCAUGCAUUGAAAUCAGUGAAGAAAGCAAAUUAUUGAGCUCGGUAAUGUACUUUU